UCCUGGCUGGCUGUCUCUCCAUCGGCAUAUGCCUGCUCUGGAUGAUGCGCCUCUCUUCCCGAGCAUGACACACUUACUGGGCUGCAGAGCCGAGCCACGGGACGAGCCACGGGACAGAGACACGGAGAGGAAGCCGCGAGGACACACGAAGACGACGACGACGAUGAUGAUGAGGAGGAGGAGGAUGCGGGAGAGGAAAGCGGAUGAGAGCUAAUGAUGAUGCUAUCGACAGAGCAAUGCUCGUAGAGAGAGGAGAACAAUAAAUAAAGCUCUGCGGGUUAGUGGAUGGUGACAGUGAUGAUGAUGAUGAUGGGGAUGCUGUGAGGACGGGACCGCUCGGAGGGAGGAUGCGUCUCUGCCCAGUGUGUUGAUCGUCGUGCGGGUAAAUCUCGGGUAUCACCGAGAGUUUAACGAAGCGCUAUUCUGAGGAGGUGGGCCAAGUCCCGGGAGAGAGACAGAGAGAGGAGGAGACACACACACACACACACACACACACACACACACACACACACACAGAGGACCUCCGGACUGACUCGGUGAUGUUGUUGCUGCUGUUUGUCAGUGAUGUGAAGCGACAUUAAGGAGCAGAUGAAAGGACUCCUGCCCGCGCGUGGACACAUAUUUCUACAUCUUUGCAGUUACAUAUACAGCAGCAGCACUGUGUGGCAGAGACCAGUUGACGUUGGCGUCCUGCCUGUUGAGAUGUGCCAAUAGGAAACACUGUGAACAGGGGUUCAUGCUGAUGAAAUUGAUCUGCUCAGUGAGCUCCAACCAGAGCCAUGGGGAGUACCCAGACUGCCGGAGUGAGAGGGAGUCCGGAGGGGAGGCGUCUCUCCUGGUGUCUCCGCUGGUGGUGGCGGGGAUCGUUAUAGGCCUGGUCCUCUUCCUCUCCUGCAUCACCAUCAUCGUCGGCAGCCUGCGCAAAGACAGUCGGCUCCGAAACCCACACCUCCGAGCAAGCUACGGUCUGGACGGUUUUUCUUACGGAGGUUCAGUAGGAGAACUGAGAUCUACCUGCUUAGAAGACUUUCCUCCUGGUUUAGACUUUGAUUCAUACAGAGAGACUUUGUCUCAGGUCAACAGCCUGUACCCCGACUCACCGCCACGUUACGAUGAGUGUGUUGGCCCAGGUGCGACACAGAUCUACAUCCCCACAGAUGACCCACCUCCUUACUCCCUGUUGGACCCCUGUCAGAGAGGAGCAGAUCAGGAGGAGCAGCCUGACUACACCAGUCUGGAUCCAUCUCCGUACUAUGGAGAGACCUCGGCCAGCGCUGCCUGGUUCUCCCCCUCCCACUACCCGCCGGGACUCCAGGAGCACGAGCACCAACACAUCGCAUCCAUCUCCUUCCCUCUGGAGGCGGCGCCGCCUUAUGAGUCAGUGUUGGCCGAGCAGCAGGGGCAGCCCCUCCCUCUCAUGCCAUGUGACCUUUAUAAACACCAAUCAGAGCGGGGCGACGAUGGCACCUCCCGGCAGCCGGGGGCGAACCAGAUCUCGUAGGACGAUUAAUUUGUUUCUUUCACCUGCGCUGUUGGUUGUCCCUGGCUGAAUUAAACAAACACUUGUGAUGUGGGGCACAAAAUGGCUGUUAGGAGCAGCUGUGACACCAAACCGUGAACACUCAUGAGAUGUACACUUCUUCCACACAGCGGCUAACACCUAAUAAAGCUUCCUAGUGGACUGAAAUUAAUCCAGGACUCCAGCUUAACUACAGUUUCUUCUGGACAAAAUCAGAACUCACUAACUGUGUAAAGUUUCUGGAAGCUUCUCUCAGACAAAGGCUUGUCGUUUCAGCGAUGCUCCCUUGGACAAAGACUCUCCCACAUCCUAUAAUAACACCAUCGUCUAGUUCAGUUUUUACCACGUUUUAAUCUCUUUCUUGUCAUGUGUCAUUUUUGAAUUAUGCUGUUCAUCAUACUGUCGACGACGGCAAGCUGAAAACUGAGUGUAAGCAGUGUCUGUGGUAUUUAGAGUAGUUUAAGGUACACACAAGCACAGAGUACUCCCUCCCCCUCCCAUUUCUUUUGGUAUGAUCCUCACCUGUCAGUCUAUUUAAACUGUGUUUUAAAUGAAAGUGCAAUGACCACCUGUGUUGUAGGAACUCCACUGCUGAUCUCCAGUCUCUGUAGUGUGUCAACGUUUAGAGCAGUGUGGUUGUUUUAGUGGUUAGAAGAAGGACUUUGUGAUAAAAUGGUUGUAAUCAUAAAAUCCAAACUAAUUAGGAAACUAUCUGGACGGGAAGACUGAAUCAUCAACUCUCCAACUUUUCCAGUUAUAAGGCACUAAGAUGAUGUUAUACAAGUCAUUGUCAUCUGUCAUCAGCAGAGAGGAGACUCAUCCACUGUUGUACAAAUUGUCACAACUCUUUCUAUCAAGGGCUCUGGUUUUAAUAUGUACAUUGAUAUACUAUUGUGUAAGUGGACCCCAGCAGCAAACUGUAGCUCAGAGCCGUCCUCCUGACGAGGUCGUGUUGAUGCAACAGAGAAGUUACACAUUAAACUGUAGACCUGAACACACUGUUUACUGCAGAGACGGAUGCUUCUGUCUUUGUCUUAUUCUCUGUUUCACUAUCAUUAAGAAGGGAUUUUAUUGCACUAAAAGGUGUAGCUUUCCAGACAUCUUAACACGUGGAGUACCUCUGAUUAAAGAAAGAAACUGAUGUCAGUGUAAACGUGGUACUCAUGGCCACUUAUCAUUAUUUAAGCCUCAACCAGAUUAAGUCCACACUACAGGAGUCCAACAACCACUGACUUUUACCAGCCGGUGUUCACUUCCUGUGAGAUUGUAAAGCCAAACUCACAUGCAUGUGUUGGUAAAACAUACACAUGUGCGUUUGUUGUUGAAGGGAAAAAAGUCAAUUUGCAGUGUACCGUAGUGCUUUUAUUUUGAAAGAGACUGUAUGCAAACUGUACAUUUCCUGUGAAAACAGAAGUGUAUUUUGAAAACAGACAAUGCAUGUAACAGGCUGAAGUUGACACGGCGUCCCAGAACAUCAACAACCAACACACCCAGGGUACCUUGGACGUCAUAUGUCGACAUGGGAAGUCCAUGACCAAACUUCGACGUGUGACCGACAAAUUAAAUAAUGGGUAAAUCAUCCCAGAGGUAUUGUAAACAAAUUCACAUGUACUGAUGAGUCACUGAUGAGACUAAUGUUUCAUUUCCUAAUCAAAAAUAGAAGAGAAGUUCUGAAUUCCCUCUUCAAAUGGCCAAAUGUAAGAAACAGGUAGAAUCCAACAGUGUUUUCCAAAACCUUUGUUCAAAUACAACAAAUAAAUUGAAUUUUAGGGGGAAAAGUGAAGCAUCUCAGAAACAUUUAGACUGAGCACAUUUAAAAAACUGAGUACAUUCAACAGGCAUUUACUGUCUAUACAGGGAGCAGCAUGAAGGUCACAUACACAAGUGCACAGUAGCGCAUCACAGCUUCCGGUCCUGUCUUCAUCAACAGUGAACAUUUUACUCUUCCUGACCUCAGUGGAGAGGUUUCAGAUUCCUAACCUUUACUACAGCUGAAUCAUAGUUUAGUUUAAUUUUGUGCAUGAGUGUGUAAAAGGGUGACAAGUUGAAUAAAAGUUUAAUCCAGGCAGCAUUAUGAGUGGAAAAAAGUCCCCAAGAGCUGAGUACCUCCACUGUGGCCAGACACCCUGAUCCAUCACCUCCCAGCUCUCUGUUUGUUACAUCAUUUAACAUAUUCUGACAAAGACAGAAGCUACAGAGCAGUGUUUGAGUAUGAGCUGCGUGUUGGUCAUCCUGCCGACCUGUACACAACAAAUCACAAUUUACCACUGAAGCAGGAAGUCAUCCGAGUUGUGCGUGUGUGUUAAAGACGUGCCUGACAGGCCUCCGACUGUUAGCUUGAACACUGUAGCCAUAAUAUGAUAAUCUCAAUGCAACUAACUCUGUGCUUUGCACUGUCGUGUGUUUGGUUAUGUCACGAAGUAUCAGUUGCUGCUGUGAUAUGAAGAUCUUCUCAUUACUGAAUCCCUGUUAAAUGAGCUGUGAUGACAGAUUUUACUGAGGGAAACAUGUCGACUGUUCCUGUUGUUCCAGUGAUCAGCUUUGUGUUGGGUUCAGGUCUGCAGCUACAGG